AAGUUGCCUGAUAGUAAGUGGCGGUUUCGGAGCACAUGCAUGUUGUCAGGGCCAGCCUGCCCCUCCGCUCGCCGCUCGCUGAGCUGUUACUCCGAGCUACCUGCUGGGGAAAUUCACUUCGACGUAGCCUGGGGUGUCUUCCACCAGUCACAGAAUCAGAAAAGUUGUCCUCUCUAACACCAAAGAGGAGAUUUCGCUUUCUGGGGACAAGUUCAAGACACUGAAGUGCAAGGCUGUGGUAAAUUCCUGGAAAGAUAAAAUAUGACAAAAAGCAACGGAGAAGAGCCCAGGAUGGGAAGCAGGAUGGAAAGAUUCCAGCAAGGGGUGCGCAAGCGGACGCUCCUGGCCAAGAAGAAAGUUCAGAACAUCACCAAGGAGGAUGUGAAGAGCUACCUGUUUCGGAAUGCCUUUGUGCUACUCACCGUCAGCGCUGUCAUUGUGGGUACAAUCCUUGGAUUUGCCCUCCGACCGUAUAAAAUGAGCUACCGGGAGGUCAAGUACUUCUCCUUUCCUGGGGAGCUUCUGAUGCGGAUGCUGCAGAUGUUGGUCUUACCCCUGAUCAUCUCCAGUCUUGUCACAGGAAUGGCGGCCCUAGAUAGUAAGGCAUCUGGGAAGAUGGGGAUGCGAGCUGUGGUCUAUUACAUGACUACCACCAUCAUUGCUGUGGUGAUCGGCAUAAUCAUUGUCAUCAUCAUCCACCCCGGAAAGGGCACGAAAGAAAACAUGUACAGAGAAGGUAAAAUCGUGCAGGUGACUGCCGCAGAUGCCUUCCUGGAUUUAAUCAGGAACAUGUUCCCACCCAAUCUGGUAGAAGCCUGCUUUAAACAGUUUAAAACCAGCUAUGAGAAGAGAAGCUUUAAAGUGCCCAUCCAGGCCAACGAAACACUGUUGGGCGCCGUGAUCAACAACGUGUCAGAGGCCAUGGAGACUCUGACCCGGAUCCGGGAGGAGAUGGUACCCGUUCCUGGGUCUGUGAAUGGGGUCAAUGCCCUGGGCCUCGUUGUCUUCUCCAUGUGCUUCGGCUUCGUGAUCGGAAACAUGAAGGAGCAGGGGCAAGCGCUAAGAGAGUUCUUCGACUCUCUCAAUGAAGCCAUCAUGAGAUUGGUAGCGGUGAUAAUGUGGUAUGCACCUCUGGGCAUCCUCUUCUUGAUCGCAGGGAAGAUUGUUGAGAUGGAAGAUAUGGGUGUGAUUGGGGGGCAGCUUGCCAUGUAUACAGUGACAGUCAUCGUCGGCCUCCUCAUUCAUGCCGUCAUCGUCCUGCCUCUCCUCUACUUCCUGGUAACCCGGAAGAACCCCUGGGUUUUCAUUGGAGGGUUGCUGCAAGCACUCAUCACAGCCCUGGGGACCUCCUCAAGUUCUGCCACCCUGCCCAUCACUUUCAAGUGCCUGGAAGAAAACAAUGGUGUGGACAAACGCAUCACCAGAUUUGUGCUUCCCGUGGGGGCCACCAUUAACAUGGAUGGGACCGCCCUCUACGAGGCUUUGGCCGCCAUUUUCAUCGCUCAAGUUAACAACUUUGACCUGAAUUUUGGACAGAUUAUAACAAUAAGUAUCACAGCCACAGCCGCAAGCAUUGGGGCAGCUGGCAUUCCUCAGGCCGGUCUAGUCACCAUGGUCAUCGUGCUGACAUCUGUGGGCCUGCCCACGGAUGACAUCACACUCAUCAUUGCAGUGGACUGGUUUCUGGACCGCCUCCGAACCACCACCAACGUGCUGGGUGACUCCCUCGGGGCCGGGAUUGUUGAACACUUGUCCCGACAUGAACUGAAGAACCGAGAUGUUGAAAUGGGGAACUCCGUGAUUGAGGAGAAUGAAAUGAAAAAGCCGUAUCAGCUGAUUGCCCAGGACAAUGAACCAGAGAAACCCGUGGCAGACAGCGAAACCAAGAUGUAGACUAACACAGAAGUGCUUUCUUAAGCACCAGGUGUUGGAAACUGUUCUACAAUGUGUCCAUCUCCCAGAGCUCUCUCUCCCAGUGAGCUCCUCUUUCCUCCCUACUCUGAUAGGAUUGGAAAAUGUCCAAAAACAAAGGAGGGCUCUGCAGCAGCCAAAACGUAUUGGUUUUAGCCCUCAUUUGAAAAUUUUAAAUCAUUUCGUAUUAUUCUUACCAAGUAAGUUACUACAAACAUUACCAAUUUAGAUGACAAAUGAUCCCUUGUGAUUGUUUUGUAAGUAAAAGCAUUAAGCAAAUGAUAGGCUACAAAAACGUUUUAAAACCAACUUUCAAAAUGUAAAAAUCCUUCAGAACACUACUGAGUUUUAGUCUUAAAACAUAGCAACUUGAUGAGCAAUUAUCAGUUACCCGUUGGGUAGCUGAGAGGUUUGCCCUUUCUUCUGACUCUCAUCCUGACUUUAUCAGCAUCAGGGCAAUGCCCACAUGCACACAGCACAGCCGUGAGGUGGAGCAGAAAGUGAGGCUCCCCAAUGGUCUUGAGUGAGCCUUGUCUCAUCCCUGGGCCUCAGUGUUCUCAUGCAGAAAAUGAGUGACCCCUAGAUACCAUAGGCCUCUCUAGCCCAGACUUUUACAACAUCAGGAAGGACCCUGCCCCUGUAUAACAUGAGGAUUUCAGACAGGACACUUAAUGGGAGUGGACAUUUCUCUCUAGGGGCAGGCUGCGUGUGGCUCACUAGAUCCUGGGUCCAGAAUGUGGGUUAUAUAAGUAGACAGGUGGAAGGCCAUCCCGGGAGACCAUCCCCUUGGCCUGUUGUUCUGUUUUAUCUUGUUUUGUUUUCCAACAUUAAAAGAAGCACUCCCUUCUUGGGUACUCUUCCCAAACCCAAGGGAAGAAAGCCUCCCACCACCUCUUCGACUGACAGUGAGAUGUUUAGGAAACAAGGAGAAGACUAGCAGCUAGCAAGUGUGUCCAUGGUCUUACUACGGAACACAAAAGAGCAGAGGCGGAAUAGAGUACAGCCCACAUUACAAAGGAGGAUUCUUUUUAAGAUCAGAAAAAGUUGGUUUUCUUUAAAGACUAAAAGAGAGCUGAACCUUGGCCUUCUUCUGCUGGCCUAAACGCUUUGUCUUCUGUUCCUAAUCAAUCCCCAAAGAAACAACACAUAACAUCACUCCUUUCUUAUUUCACAGUCCAGCAAAUGAUAUCUCUGGAACAGAUUCAUAUCUAUAAGCUGGGUGGAUGGUCUCAUUUCCAAAAAAAAAAGUUUAAAAUUUGGUUAGUUUUUCCUAUUUUAACUGGAAGUUCUUAGGAUGACAAAACCACAUACUCCUUUGUACAGAGAUGUCUCUUGACAAAUCAUUCAAGACUCUCAUCUAGAAUGGAGUUUGCUUGUGUCCCUGUCUCCCCCUCCCUAAAUGCAGAUGAAUCAGCAUGAAAAUAACAUCAACGAGGGUGGAAGAAAAGAGGGCAAAGGAAUUGUUUUCAGGCGAGGCAGCUCCCAGGUUGAAAAGAGAUUUUUUUACUUCCUUAGGAAUAUCCAAUCAAAGAUACUCAAUGGGAGCCCUCUGACAGUACCAGCUGUGUUUCUUUCUGAGAGAAAAUGCUGAGUGGACACCAUUAUGCUAACAGACUGAAGGUCUAGACUCCUUGUGUCUCCCGAUCUACUGUAGAGAUACUUUCUAGAGAUUCUGAGCGUUACAUGCGUAUAAAGGUUAACACUAGGCUACAGUGGAAUAGUCAUUUAAUGGCAGGCUCAAUUUGGGAAGUACACUACAGAGGUUAACCUAUGUGGCAGUCGUUUUGCGACGCUAGUAGAACAAACUUAACCGCGUCAAAUUAACGCUGUUUACCCAGUGUGAUCAUAUUUUUUAUACUAACCGUUUCUUACGAAAACUGGUCCUCUAGGGUGAUCCUUUAGCCAGCCCAUCACAGGCUGCGCAGAUGUGUGUACCCACUGUGGACUGGGAAACAUCACUUUGUAGAUGUAUUUUCAAUAAAGAAAAGAUAGUUUUACAUGAA